AUGACGCUGACCCGCUCACAGACCGGCAAGACGCCAAAGAAGGUCCAACCUGACGGCUUCGUAGAGACCCCGAGCAGACGCAUCACCAGGAGUCGCGCGUCGAAGAGCCCGGAAUACAACGAAGCGGAAUUGUCAUCCAGCCAGAUGAUUGCUUCUGGGAAGCCCAGAAAGCGGCGCGAGGCUGAGAAGCCGGUGGAGGAUGUCCAGGCGGAGACCAGAUCGAACGGCGCUGCAUGCCCCGCUGCGACGACGGAAGCAAAGGCCGAGCAGGUGGUGGAGCACGCGGACCACUUCGAGUUUGGUGGUUCGUGGGGUGUGCUGUCUAUGAUGAUCGGCUUUCCGCUGCUGAUGUAUUACAUGUGGAUUGGUGCCGUGUAUUACGACGGGCAUCUCCCUCUGCCGGCUGAAGGUCAGUCCACCAGCGACUUUGCUCGGCAUCUAGCGCAUCUAGUGUACGAGGGUGCUUUCCCGUCCGUCAAGGCGUGGGCUAUCUACUGGAUCUUCUUCAUCUUCGAGGCGCUGUGCUAUAUGUUCCUCCCUGGCAUUGUCGUCAAGGGCAGACCGCUAGACCACUUGGGUGGAAAGCAGCUCCUCUACCGUUGCUCUGCCGUUUCUUCCUUUUACACGACCAUCAUCCUCGCUGUCGGCCUUCACGUCUCUGGCCUCUUCAAGCUUUACACGAUCAUCGAUGAAUUCGGUCCGUUGAUGAGCGUUGCCAUUCUCACCGGCUUCAUCAUCUCGUUCAUCGCCUAUUUCUCCGCUAUGGCUCGUGGCGCCCAACACCGCAUCACCGGAUACCCGAUCUAUGAUUUCUUCAUGGGUGCGGAAUUGAACCCGAGAAUGUUCGGAAUCUUGGAUUUCAAGAUGUUUUUCGAGGUUCGGCUGCCCUGGUACAUCUUGCUCCUGGUCACCAUGGGUGCUGCCGCGAGACAAUAUGAGAACUAUGGAUACGUGAGUGGAGAGGUUGGAUUCUUGCUUAUGGCUCACUUUCUAUAUGCCAAUGCUUGCUCCAAAGGUGAAGAGUGCAUUAUUGCAACAUGGGACAUCUAUUAUGAGAAAUGGGGUUUUAUGCUUAUCUUCUGGAACCUUGCUGGCGUCCCUCUCAGCUACUGUCAUUGCACCGUCUACCUUGCCAGCCAUGCUCCAGAAACCUACCGCUGGAACAAAUAUGCCCUGGCCGUUAUGUACGUCAGCUAUCUGUUCGUGUACUGGAUCUGGGACACGACGAACAGUCAGAAGAACCGCUUCCGCCAACAGCAACGCGGCGAUAUGGUCCUGAGGAAAACAUUCCCACAACUCCCAUGGCAGACGGUCGAGAACCCUCGAACCAUCACCAGCAAGAAAGGUGACACUAUUCUUGUUGACGGUUGGUACGGCUACGCACGAAAAAUCCACUACACCUGCGACCUCUAUUUUGCACUCAUGUGGGGUCUCGUCACCGGAUUUGAAAGCCCGUUCCCUUGGUUUUACCCUGUUUUCUUCGCGGCCAUGAUCGCGCAUCGUGCCAUGAGAGAUAUCCAGCGAUGCAGAGCCAAGUAUGGGGAAGCAUGGACGCAGUAUGAGAAGGAGGUGCCUUAUCUCUUCAUCCCACUCGAUGCCAUCGUAAUGUUCGAGAGGCUUGGAGAACAAGCCAUUCUCGCUGAAACUGGUGGUGUGUUUGUAAGUAGGCAACUGAAGAAGUUUGGAUGGAAAAUGGAAGAGUGCGGCUGA